GAACCCACAAUCCUGGUGUUGCAAGGGCCUUACUCUACCAACUGAGUCAUUCAGGACAAUAUAAUCUACUGUACCAAGGCUCACUAGAAAAUCAUGAAAUAUUCCUCUAUUCCCCAUACAGUAGCAUGCCCAUGUAUUGCUGUGGGAAACACAGUCGUACAAAUAAGAUAUGUCAUGGAAAACUGAGUUUAGUAAAGAUGGUUGUGCUGCCUUGACGAGGCUUUUCCUCUGUCUCUCUCUCACUUCAGGCCUUCAAGCUGAUGAAGUUUGACAGCUACUAUAAUGUUCGUGCAUAAACCAACUCAUGACUGAGUAUUGUUCUUAGAAACCAAAGGUCAAACCAGGAAAGUCUCUUCCUUUGGAUGUGGACGAGGGAGCAGAGAAGAAGAUGAAAGCUCUACAGAACAAGUUGACCAGAGACAAACUUCAGGAAAAGAGGUGCUCGUGGGCAGAAGAGCUUGCUGACCAUGCUGCAGUCUUACAGAGCAGUGCCAGGCCGGGGUCUCUCCUCAAUGCAGUAGAGCAGUUGGAGAGAGAGCGUUGGUGUGCGGGCCAGGCUGAGAACUGCUGUGUGUUCCUACCUGACGGUACUGCCUCCCUGGCUCCAGCCCGUUCUGGACAUUCCAUCCACACCAUGCUGACUGGGCUCUAUGAGAAGAAAGGCUUCCCUCUCUUGGAUGUCAUCCUCUACCUGCAGGGCAAGGACAAGUUGUGUCAUGAAUCCCGCUUCCUGAGUCUGUGUUUGCCUGUGUUUCUGUCCUGGAGUAAACCCCUCUCUCUGGACCAGGACAGCUCAGUUCUGAAGGAAAAGCAGGUUUUUCUGGAGCUCAGCGUGUCUUUUGCAUGGGUGACCACAUCCUGA